AUUUAUGGAUGAAAUGUAGGUACUCCCUAUACAUCGUUUCGUGUAUUUUUUUAAUUGCUCAAAGUGUUAGAUGCAUGAUAUUUUGCGGAUUAUUAUAUUACAGUUGAGCUUGGAUAAUGUUUUAUCAAAAUUAAUGACAUAUUGCAGUAAAUUUGCAAAUUUUAAUUCUCAAAUUUUACUUUAGAAGUUAAAUUGUAGUUGAUAUUUAAUUCACACUUUUAUUUCCUUCAAAAUGUUUCUCAACGUAUUUGAGGUGUUCCUUGUUUUUUUGACGUGCACGUGUGCCACAAUUUUCACUUCUGUAUGGCGGAUGCAGAGAGCGGCGGAAGUUGAAGCAAGCAUGCGCGAGAUGCUGAGAAAUUACGUCAUGCAAAGUGACGUCAUGGAGCUGCAAGUGCCGGACUCAAUCAGAAGCUUUUUGGACGAGUUGGACUCCCUUGUUGACCUCACAUCACGGGAAAAUUACCUUGAGAAUCCCAUUGAUGCCUUCGACUUUAUCCGCCGUAGGAGCACGACCUGGAAGGAGGUGGAAACGAUCAUGAACUGUGACGAAUGUGAGCUUAACCCUCCCCGCAAGAAGUACAUUGAAGACAUGGAGAUGCUCAUGUCAAGAACGCAAGAGUUAAACGUUACUCAAGACGACGCCGAGCAUGCGGCCAUAGCUCUCGUCCGCCUAUGGAGGACAUAUCAUCUCAACCUAACAGAAUUAUUCAGGGGACGUGUUUCAAACACAACUACUCAACCCUUGGCAGCAGAAGACAUUUUCUUCAUAACAAACACUCUAAGCGAACGAGGGGAUUUAUACGCAGAAAUAACUUGGCUUCAACAGUUAAUGGCGUCACUAAAGGAGGACGAAGACCUUUGGUCUGACACUGUCUUGCGGAGAAGGGCUGUGAAUAUGCUGACGUCUGCUUAUUCGAGGUACGGCAUGCCAUGGAAGUCCGUUGACCUUCUUGCCAACGAAUUGCAAAAAGAAUACAGCAAAAGCGUAGAACGUGACCUGAAGUAUUAUUCUAUGAAAGUUCAAGAGGCCGAGAAGUCAUCUGAAAAUAUUACACUGCAAGACUCUAUAACUCCAAGAGAGAGCCAUAGAAUGAAAUUAUGCAGAGGUGAAGGUCUCCGCGACGUGAGUGUUACAUCCAGGUUGUACUGUCUUUACAGGCAGGUAACCACGCCCUAUCACCGUGUCAAGGAAGAGAUUCUUAAUUUAAAACCACGCAUUUCGCUCCUUUACAACUUGAUAUCUGACGAAGAAAUCGAACAGUUCAAAGAGCUUGCUGUCAUCAGGAUGAAAGAGUCGCGUGUCUCAUCGUCUAUGAGCACAGUGCGAGAUGUACGAGUCAGUGAAACGGCGUGGAUGGCGGACACAGUGGAUCCUCUUAUCAAGCGUCUCGGUAUGCGGAUACAGAUGAUAACAGGCCUCAACGUCAUGCAGCACUUGCUCCCGUGUGCCGACUCCGAGUCAUUCCAGGUUCUGAAUUAUGGAAUAGGUGGCAUGUACACUGAUCAUCACGAUUAUCUUGAGACGCCCCUGCUGUCUUUCGGCCCCCUUCCCGAGGAACAGAGUAAGGGCUACCCGCUGUACGACCUCUUGUGUGGGGAAAGAACUGCUACAUGGAUAUACUAUCUAAGCAAUGUGCAAGCUGGAGGGAACACGGUUUUUACGUUGCUUAAUAUUACAGUUCCAGUUGUCAAGGGAGGCGCGGCGUUCUGGUACAACAUUGACAGAGCUGGAGUGCACGACCAUUGGACCGAACACGCGGGAUGCCCGGUCCUUAUUGGGUCUAAAUGGAUAUCCAACAAGUGGAUUCGGGAGACAGGCCAGGUUCUAAAACGAACUUGCGGGAAAAACAUGAACGCUCUUGACGGACCACUUUGAAGAAACGUAUAGUGUUUGCAAGGCUUUGUGUGUAACACUUACAAUAACAUGUAUUGUUCAUCAAAGAUUUUAAUAAAAUAA